GAACUGGCACUGAAGUCUUUGGGAAGUGAGGGGCUGUUUCUCUUUUCUUCUCUGGACACAAACAACGAUCUGUACCUCAGUCCGGAAGAGUUCAAGCCGAUAGCUGAGAAGCUCACGGGGGUUGCUCCCAUCUCAGAAUUUGAAGAGGAGGAGACGCCUGAUCCAAGCGGGGAGACGUUGUCUGUUGUGGCUAAAUUCCAGCCUUUGGUCAUGGAAACGAUGACGAAGAGCAAAGAUGGUUUUUUGGGAAUUUCUCAUGUCGCUCUGUCUGGGCUGAGGAAUUGGACUGCCCCAGCAGCCCCUGUGAGCGUGAUGCUUGCCAGACAGUUUAAAGCCUUUCUUCCUCCAAAGAAUAAACUGGAUCUUGGGGAUCCGUGGUGGAUAAUUCCUAGUGAAUUGAACAUCUUCACUGGGUAUCUUUCCAACAACAGAUUUUACCCUCCACCUCCCAAGGGCAAAGAGAUCAUAAUCCACAGGCUUUUGAGCAUGUUCCACCCACGCCCCUUCGUAAAAACCCGCUUUGCUCCCCAAGGAGCUGUGGCCUGCAUCCAAGCCAUCAGCACCUUCUACUACACCAUAGCAUUCAGGAUCCACGCUGAGUUCCAGCUGAACGAGCCACCAGACUUCCCCUUCUGGUUUUCCCCAGGCCAGUUCACAGGUCACAUCAUCCUCUCCAAGGAUUCUUCCCAUGUCCGAGAGUUUAAGCUCUUUGUCCCUAACAACAGGUCUCUGAACGUUGAUAUGGAGUGGCUGUAUGGGGCGAGUGAAAGCAGCAACAUGGAAGUGGAUAUCGGUUACCUGCCGCAGAUGGAACUGGAAUCGACAGGGCCUUCAAUCCCCUCUGUGAUCCAUGAUGAGAACGGAAAUGUGAUUGACAGCAGGGAUCCUUCAGGGGAGCCCAUUCAGUUUGUGUUCGAAGAGAUAACCUGGCAGCAGGAAAUCCCCUGGGAAGAGGCAGCCCAGAAGCUGGAAGUGGCCAUGUAUCCAUUUAAGAAGGUCUCCUAUCUUCCCUUCACACAAGCUUUUGAGAGAGCAAAAGCAGAAAAGAAGCUGGUGCACUCGAUCCUGCUGUGGGGUGCCCUGGACGACCAGUCCUGCUGAGGUUCGGGGCGAACUCUCCGGGAGACUGUCCUGGAAAGUUCGCCCACUAGCUUCAUUAGCAGCUGGUCGCUGGUGAAGGAGCUGGAAGAGCUGCAGACCAACAGAGAGAAUGAGUUCUACAGCAAGCUGGCUGACCUGCACCUGGAGAAAUACAACUUCCCCGUGGAGAUGAUCAUCUGCCUCCCCAAUGGCACGGUGGUUCACCAUAUCAAUGCCAAUUACUUCCUGGACAUUACUUCUAUGAAGCCUGAAGAUGUUGAAAGUAGCAUCUUUAGUUUCUCAACCAAUUUUGAAGACCCUUCUACUGCAACUUACCUCCAGUUCCUGAAGGAAGGACUGCAAAGAGCAAAACCGUACCUGCAGACCUAA